CGCAUUACAAGUUGGAACAAUGUAUGAUGACUAUCGAUUAAAUCAAAAUCAACGUGAACAAAAUAGUGGUGUUUGCUCGUAUUCACAGGCGUCCUUUUUUCUGAACCCAGGCAAAAAUGCAUAAUAUUAUGGCCUGAUUGUUCAUUCCGAUACAAUUAGGAUGCAGUGCUUAUUAUGGCUCACCUCGGGGAAACAGCGGUCUUAUGUCACUGGCCUCAGGCGAUUUGCUACUCAACAACAUAAUUCAGUAUGCGAGGCCUAUGCCUUAACUAUCAAAGCGCUCUUCUAACUUCUUGCCCGGGCGUAAAGAUCUUCCGAGUCAAUUAUGCCCAACAAUUGCACAACUUAGACCUGGUGAAACGGGGAUCAAAAAGGCCAUUAACGCUGACCGAGAAACUGCUAUAUAGCCACCUUAUUCCAUCCGAAAACAAAAAAUGGGAAUUGGAGAGUAUUCAACGUGGUGAAACUGUUCUUCAAUUACGGCCCGAUCACGUCGCCUGUCACGAUGCAACUGCAACCAUGGCGCUGUUACAAUUCAUUAGCGCGGGUCUUUCGCGAGUAUCAGUACCAACAACAGUGCAUAGUGACCAUUUAAUCAUCUCCGAAAAUGGUGCAGAUGAGGAUAUGCGCCGGGCCCUUCGUGAACAUACCGAGGUGUAUGACUUUCUAAGCAGUGCUUCUAAAAAGUAUGGUAUUGGGUUCUGGAAACCGGGGUCUGGCAUCAUACACACUGUCAUAUUUGAAAAUUAUGCUAUUCCCGGCGGGUUACUAAUUGGUGGUUCAGGGAUGCUGGGAGUUGGAGUCGGGGGAGCAGAUGCGGUGGAUGCCAUGUCAGGCAUGCCAUGGGAACUAGUUGCACCCAAAGUUGUCGGAGUCCACCUUACUGGUCAACUGUCAGGAUGGACCUCAACAAAGGAUAUUAUCUGUAAGCUUGCGGGCAAAGGUAGGGUCAUUGAAUUUUUCGGGCCAGGCUGUCAGACUUUAGGAGCAACUGCGAUGGCCACUAUUUGCAAUAUGUCCGCGGAGAUUGGAUCAACUUCUUGUAUAUUUUCCUACUCGGAGGCCAUGAGCCGCUACCUUAACAGUACUCGACGAGCAGAAGCAGUUAGCAGAGCAAAUGAUGUCUAUACUACCCUCCUGACUGCAGAUGAAGGCUCAGAUAGGUAUUACGAUGAUGUUAUCGAGCUAGAUUUAGACUCCCUAGAGCCCCACAUCAAUGGUCCUUAUACUCCAGAUCUCGCACAUCCUAUUUCACAAUUCAAGAAUGCGAUAUCUCUCCAAGACUGGCCUAAAGAGUUGAGUCAUGCCAUGGUUGGUAGCUGCACAAAUAGCUCUUAUGAAGAUCUCGAUAAAGUUCGCCAAAUUGUAUCACAAGCCCGGGCUGUUGGGUUGUCCAAAUUCAAAACCCCUUUCAUGGUCUCCCCGGGAAGUGAGCAGAUCCGCGCGACGGCUGAAAUAGAUGGAAUACUCCAGGAGCUGAGAGACGCAGGAGCACUCAUUCUUAGCAGCUCAUGUGGACCCUGUGUGGGUUCUUGGGAUCGAAAGGAUGUCGAUGUCCGUGGGAAAGAAAAGAACUCAGUUCUUUCAAGCUUCAAUCGGAAUUUCAUAGGUCGUCAUGACAGCAACCCAGCAACACAUUCAUUUGUGACCUCCCCUGAGCUGGUUACUGCAUUCGCAUAUGUGGGGCGUCUUGACUUCAACCCGUUAACAGACAGCGUGGUAGUAGAUGAAGUGUCAUCCAAAAGCAUUCGAUUCAAUCAUCCAGUUGGCAAAGAACUUCCGCCUCAGUUCAAAAGUGGCGUUGACACAUAUCAAGAGCCUUUAGCAGACAGUGAAUCAAUGAUUGUGACAAUUUCUCCCGAUUCUGAUCGACUUCAACUCCUUCAGCCUUUCCACGCAUGGCAAGCUGGAUGCACAGGGAAAUUGGAACUCCUUAUCAAAGUCCAAGGGAAAUGCACAACGGAUCACAUUUCUCCUGCGGGACCGUGGUACAAAUACCGUGGCCAUCUAGAAAACAUCAGUAAUAAUAUGUUAACUGCUGCCACAAACGCAUUUCUGCCAAGCGAUAGCCCUCAAAUGCUCGGACAUACACGGCAUCCCCUGACUUCCCAAAUUCAAGCGGUUCCCGAAGUCGCUCGUGACUUAAAACAGCGCCAAGUUCAGUGGUGUAUUGUUGGGGACUAUAAUUAUGGUGAAGGCAGCUCGCGUGAGCAUGCGGCCUUGGAGCCUCGCUACCUCGGCGGCAUAGUCAUCAUUGCCCGCUCAUUUGCCCGCAUUCAUGAGACGAAUUUGAAAAAGCAGGGAAUGCUUCCGUUGACAUUCAGCGAUCCUACCGAUUAUGAUCAUGUUCAGGACGGUGAUAGCAUUACAUUAACUGGUGUUGAAGACGGUGAAUUACAGCCAGGCUCACAGAUUACGAUGCAGCCCUGGGUGGCAAAGUUGAAUCAUAGCUAUCAUGCUGGUCAAAUACCUUGGCUUCGAUCGGGUAGUGCAUUAAACUAUAUCAAGGCUACCACAUUGGCUAGAUGAGAUUAGAAACGGGGUUUAGAGAUCUUAAGAGCUUAGCACCCUUAUGAGUAUGUACGUAUACACACUUUAUGGAAAGUCAAGUCCUAAAUUUUUAGGAUAUGGGUUGACUUCAAUAUGAUGGGCGUUAACUUGUUCAAAUGUUAGCUUAUUGUUUUCUCAGCAUGUUAAUUGUUUUCUGGCAACUGGCUAAGUAUUAAGUCAUACAGUUACUAGAUUUUAUACCAUUGAAGACUCAGUAGCUCAUGGAGCAAAACAUUAUUAAAUAACCUACGCCUUUAGGUAAUAUAUCUUAACGCAUAUGUAUAUUGAUGCAAAUGCUCGUAUACGUUGAAGUAUUUACCUCCAACUCAAUGAUACCAGAUAGGUUACAUUGCAUGACAG